AUGGGAGGUCGCGCUUUGCUCAGUUUGCCUCAGGGCUUCAAUUGGUUCCUGAUUUUGGUCACAGUCAUCGUGAGCCUAUUGGUACUUGCUGGAUGCAUCUAUAUACUUGUCGAGUAUCAACAUCCGGAGGACCGCAACCAAGCAUGGGUUCCCAAGAUUAUCGUCGUCCUCUCUAUGGCGCUUGCUAUUUGGACAGUGCUCAUGUUUCCUCUUGACGUGGGAAAUACAAAUGCCUGCGCGUCAAACAUUUCCCCCAGCGCUUGCACAUAUACGCUGCCUAUGACGCAGCUUUGGUAUGCUGUCUUCAUAUCGAACUUGGUUUUGGUCUUUCUCAUCAUACCUUUCACGCUCUUCUUCUAUGAAGCCGACAGCGACUACACCUUCUGUCAGAAGGUCAAGGGGUCCUUGAUGUGGACCGCCGGUUUCCUCAUCUUCAUCAUCCUGAUCAUCGUAAUUAUGUAUCGUGAGGUAGCACAGCUAUCGGGCCACUGGGCCAGGGCCAGGAACAAGGAAAAGUCCCUUUCCUCCACGCCUCCAGACUGCCUCCAACCCUUUCUCUGCGUGCUAUGGCCGUUGUUGUCGUUCGUCCCUCCGCAGUGUAGCGCCUUUGGCAGCAACUUCAAGUUCAACAACUGGAAGUUGCGCGUGUCGUUGCCGGUCUACAUAAUGGCGAUACAGUCUGUGCUGGGUUGGCUGCUGUUCCUGGUUUUCGCGGGCGUGGGGCUGCUGGCCGCGCCCAUCGACUGGUUGCAGGAAUUCCUGGGGCGGCCCAAGGCGACCAUCACCAAGUCGGAGUACAUGCGGCGAGCAAUGAUUAUAGCACAGAGGGCGAAACAAAUUUUGAACAUGCUGCAGUUGCUGCGCCGCGGCGAACGUGACCGUCGGUGGCGCAGCAAUUUCCAAAAGCUGCAGCGCGAGGUGGCGCUACUUGAAGAUGACGAGUACCAACUGGAAAGAGUGUUCCCGCAGGGCGAGGACGGCGAAGUCCGCUGGGUGCUGUUCAUGAUCGGCUUCUACCUGCUGGGCUUCAUGUCCUUCGUCGGCUUCUGCCUGACGGGCAUCUGGGUCGCGCACAUCAUCGCCUACAUGCUGCCGCCCAUUCCGCUGCACCCCUUCCUGAACAUCAUGUUUGUGGUGCUGGACGACGUGUUUCCGCUUUUUGGCACGGCGGCCUUUGCGCUCUUCUGCCUCUACCUCAUGUCAGUGGCCAUGAAGGGCAACUUCAUAUUGGGUCUCAACUUCUUGAUCAUCAAGCUCUACCCCAUGCGGCCCGGCGCAACGAUGAUGUCAUCGUUCCUCGUGAACACGGCCCUUAUCUUGGUGAUGGCUCCGGCCAUUGUGCAGUUCUGUGCUCAGGCAUUUGCCGUGUACGCCGACGGCACCUCUAUCUUCGACGUGUUUGGCAACCAGGUCAUGUACCUCAUCGGCAUCAAGUAUAUAUACAACUUCAAUAUUUUCCUGUACGGCAUGUUGUCGGUCAUGGUGCUGUCCGGAAUCUUCCUGGCCUUCCGCGGCAAGAAGGUCUGGAAGCGGCGGAAUCCCUUGGAAGCCUACGCCGUGGUUGACUAA